UGCGCGCCAGCCGCGUGCGCCCCCGCCCGAGCGCUGAGCCCCGCGGUCCCAGCGGCUCCCCAGACCGGGAACGCAGACGCGUGCGCCCGCUGCGUCCCCGCGUGCAGAGAGUCUCCGGGCCUCUGGGGACCCGGUUGGGCAGCCCAGGCUGCCUCGCUCGGGUGACGUCAGCGCCCGGUCCCCAACGCCACCGCAUCGCCCCCCGCGCUCGGCCCGCCAUGGCUGCGGUCAGGGCCAUGACGCCGUCACUGCUGCUGCUGCUGCUGCUGCUGGUGUCGCCUCCCGCCGCCCCCGCGCCGCCCCCCCGCGACCCCUUCGCCCCGCAGCUCGGGGACACGCAGAGCUGCCAGCAGCGGUGUCGCCAGCGCGACCCCGGCCCGGCACCCUCGCAGGCGGGACAGCAGGGUCCCUCCGAGUCCCCCGGGGACCAGGCCGUGCUGGUCAGCGCUUGUGAGCGGGGCUGCCGCCUCUUCUCCAUCUGUCACUUUGUGGCCAGGAGCCCCAAGCCCAAUGCCACCCAGACCGAGUGUGAAGCAGCCUGCGUGGAGGCCUACGUGAAGGACACAGAGCAGCAGGCCUGCAGGGAGGGAUGCUGGAGCCAGGUCCCUGAGCCCGAGCUGCUGGAGCAGAAGAGAAAGGUCGUGGACGCGCCCAGCGGGGCUCUGCCCCUCCUGGACUUGUUCUCCACUCUCUGCAAUGACCUGGUGAACUCGGCCCAGGGUUUCGUGUCCUCCACCUGGACAUAUUACCUGCAGACUGGCAAUGGGAAGGUGGUGGUCUUCCAGACCCAGCCUGUGGUGGAGAGUCUCGGCUUCCAGGAGGGCCGUCUGCAGCGUGUGGAGGUGACCUGGCGGGGGUCCCACCCUGACGCCUUGGAGGUGCAUGUGGACCGCGUCGGCCCCCUGGACAAGGUGAGGAAGGCCAAGAUCCGCGUGCGGACCAGCAGCAAGGCCAAGGUGGACGCCGAGGAGCCCCAGGACAAUGACUUCCUCAGCUGCAUGUCGCGGCGCUCGGGGCUGCCCCGCUGGAUCCUGGCCGGCUGCCUCUUCCUGUCCGUGUUGGUCACGCUGUGUCUGAGCUGCUCCACACUGGUCACCACGCCUGGCCACCACGUCAAGUUCCAGCCCCUGACUCUGGAGCAGCACAAGGGCUUCAUGGUGGAGCCGGACUGGCCUCUGUACCCACCCCCGUCGCCCGCCUACGAGGACAGUCCCCCUCCCUACAAGCUCAGACUGGACCUCACCAAGCUGUAGGUCCCUCAGCUGUCCCCUCCACCCCAGCUUUUCCCCUUCUCCCUCGUCCUGUCCCUCAGUCCUGGGGACA